AUGGAAGUAGCAAGCCUUGUUCUGAGUGUUGUCUCCUUGUUUGGCUCUUGCCUACAAGGGUACCAACUCGUCUCCGAUGUGAAGAAUGGCGGGCAAGAUUCAGCAAUUCUUCUCUGCCGACUGCAGAUUGAGGAGAAGAGGCUUAUGAUCUGGGGAAGAACGGUCGGGCUUGCCGAAGAAACAUGUCGCAUCCCCGUGCAAGAUCUUGAUACCAUUCUUACUGUUUUGACGGAAAUCAACAGUAUCACACAAGAUGCAUCGGUGAUGAAGAAAAGAUACGGCGCGAGUCCAGAACCAUCCAAUGACAUCGUUAGGUACACCAAAGGAAUUGAGUACAUUCAAAGCUCCUCGGUUUAUCUAGAGACUCGUCGUCGGAUUGACGAAAAACUUCGAUCGCCAGGGCUGUCACUCAAAUCUGGGCUACGUUGGAUGUUUGACCGGAAAAACUUCGAAAAAUUAGUUUUCGACCUGCGCGAGCUGAAUGACGGUUUAUAUGCAUUGCUAGAAGGAGCAACUAAAUUGGCUUCUUUGAGUAGUUUCAAUGAGAUAUGCUUAUUGUCCUCAGCCAGCGACGAUCUCAAGAGGCUCACUAUCAUUAGAGACGCCUCAAGAGCAUCAUAUGAAGGACUUUCUCGCACUGCUGAUCAGCGCAUGCAUUUAAUUGACUUGGAAGCCUCUUCGUCAAUUGACGGCUCCAGAAGAGGCACUCGAAUCCCUGUCGAUCAACUCGUUUGGAUCCGGUCUGGAACUCUGAGAAGUAUUGCUCACUUCGAGGACGAAAUGGUCCUGGUGGAAUGGAGAGAAUACGAUGAUGGAAGUCUGCCUGCCCAAGAAGUGCUUGGAAUUCUAGACCAGCGAACAGCAGAAUUAUCAGUCCUCCUCGGUCGGAGCCCAAAGCCCGAAGGGUUUCAGGUGAUGGACUGCAUAGGCUACUGCCAUGAUGAGCCCAAGCAGCGUUUUGGGCUGGUCUACAAUCUUCCGACCUUGGAGGCUGACAAUCUGCCGGAUAUUGUCUCCCUGUAUGACCUGAUCCAUCCUCCAAAUGGCGCUGAGAUGGUCUUCCCAAGCCUGAAUGACCGUUUUCUGCUAUCACGUAUUCUCGCCAGCAGCAUAUUACAACUUCAUUCCACAUGUUGGCUGCACCGGAACUUGCGCAGCUCACACAUUUUGUUUGUCAAAUCCGGAAAGAGCAUGGACUGGCUUCAAUAUCCAUAUCUCUCUGGAUUCGGAUAUUCUCGAUUAGACGAUCCUAGUGCAGUCUCACUACCACUUUGUGCCCAGGACGAGGAAGUGGCAUACCAGCACCCCGACCUGACCGAUAAUCCGCGGAUUGGAUACCGGCGCGAAUAUGAUGCCUAUAGUCUCAGUCCGAAGAGAAACCACCGUCGGCUGUUGGAAUACCAACUCACCGGCGAUCUUGCGCACCGGAUGGGUCAGCAGUUCGAGCAGGCUACCAAGCUACUCUUAACGGACAAGGCAUAUGGAGAUUCAGGGGUAGAAGGCGAACAACUAGUCGCAUUCUCACGGAAUAUUGUCUCAAGGCUUGAUAUCCAAGGCAUGUGCUAA